AUGAACAAGAGCACUACCGACGUACCAGUAUCUACAAGGGAGAAAACUGAUUUGGGCAUAAGAUUGCCUGGAUCCGUGAAACCACUCCAUUACCUGAUCAAGCUCCAACCCUUUAUCAAUGGCAACUUUAGCAUCUUCGGCUACAUGGAGGUGGAGAUGGAGGUCCUGGAACCGACCUCCAACAUCACGCUCCACAUGGCUGACAUCAUCACUAAAAAUGACACAAUAAAGGUGUAUGCUCCUGGUCAAGAGAAAGGCCGAGGUGAGGGGAUCAAAAACCAUGAGUACGAUCAUGAUCGUCAAUUUUAUAUCGCCUACGUUCUUUCCAUGGAGUUCCUUGGUUAUCUUAAUGACAAGCUGCACGGCUUCUACAGGUCGACCUACAUGGAUGCUGCAGGCAACACCAGGAACAUUGCUGUGACACAGUUUCAGGCUACUGAUGCCCGCAGAGCCUUCCCUUGCUUUGAUGAGCCUGCCCUAAAGGCAACCUUUGAAAUUCACCUCGCUAGGGAAUCUUCGAUGACGACCCUCUCUAACAUGCCCAUUGCAGAAACUGUGCCUAUCACGGGGCAGGAGGGUUGGGUGUGGGACCGUUAUGAGAAGAGCGUCCCGAUGUCCACCUACCUCGUCGCCUUCGUCGUCUCGGAUUUUGUUCAAGUCAACACCACAGUGAAUGACAGCGUGGUACUUCGAGUGUGGGCGCGACGAGAAGCAAUAGAUCAGGCAGAGUAUGCACUGAAGGUGGGACCCAAGAUCCUGAGUUUCUUUGAAGAGUAUUUCGGCCUGCCUUUCCCUCUCCCAAAGAUGGACAUGGUUGCGUUACCCGACUUCUUUGCAGGAGCCAUGGAAAACUGGGGUCUCAUCACUAGCAAGGAAAAUUACCUCAUGUAUAAUCCAGAAGUGUCAACACCACAAACAAGAGCAUUUAUCACAGAGGUAAUAUCCCACGAAUUGGCUCACCAGUGGUUUGGGAACCUGGUGACGCCCGUGUGGUGGGAUGACCUCUGGCUCAACGAGGGAUUUGCUACCUAUAUAAAUUUCCUUGGGAUUGAUCAUGCAGAGCCAUCAUGGAAAGUAAUGGAAACGUCCCUCGUCGAAAGAGUUCACAGAGUGUUUGGUCUUGACAGUUUGGAGUCGUCACACAAGAUCAGCAUUCCCGUCGAUCACCAGAUGAAAUCUUCGAAGUCUUUGAUGGAAUAUCAUAUGAAAAGGGUUAGAGCAUCUAUCAUCAGGAUGAUGACCCACUACCUCACUGAAGCAACAUUUAGGAAGGGGUUGACCAGCUACCUGAAAGCACUUUCAUACAAGAAUGCAGUGAAAAAUGACUUGUGGAAAUAUUUAACAUUGGCGGCUCACGAGGACGGCAUUCCCCAGGACGUGACUGUUAAGAUGAUCAUGGAUACGUGGACGCUGCAGAUGGGCUACCCCGUCAUCCACGUGAAAAGGAGCCUGGAUGGAACCUCCGCCAUGUUGACGCAGGAACGCUUCCUUUUAGAAAGGGGCACAAACUCUUCCAACAUCAGAGACUACAAGUGGUGGGUGCCGCUGACCUACACGACCCAGAGCGAGGCCAACUUCAACCAGACUCAAGCCAAGUUAUGGAUGAUGGACACUGAAGAUUACAUCGUGGUCUCCUCCCUUCCACCAAAUGACCAGUGGGUCAUCUUCAACCUGCAGCAAACGGGCUACUACCGAGUCAACUACGACGACCACAACUGGAAUCUUAUCAUCCAGCAGCUGAAGAAGGACCACCAGGUUAUCUGCCCCAUCAACAGGGCGCAAAUAAUCGAUGACGCUAUGAACUUCGCUAAGGCAGGUCGUCUCAGCUACAACAUCGCCAUCGAUGUGUAUGCAUAUCUGCGAAAGGAAGGGGAGUAUCUGCCUUGGGCCACAGGAGUCAAUAAGCUCAGUUACAUAGAGAACAUGUUCAAACGAAGAAGCGGAUACGGCGCACUGAAGCGCUACCUCCUGGAGUUGGUGUUGCCGCUCUAUGAAAACGUCGGAUUCGACGACAAGUUGGAGGAUCCUCAUUUGGAGCAAAGGAAGAGGAAGAUCGCCGUGAACUGGGCAUGUAAACUUGGCCACAAGGACUGCCUCGACAAGGUGCUCACCCUCUACAGGCAGUGGAUGGCGAAUCCUGACAACACAAGCCUUAUUCCAUCAAACCUUAAAUGGACGGUGUACUGCCACGCCAUAAAGGAGGGCGGGGAGGCCGAGUGGGACUUCGCUUGGGAGCAGUACUUGAAGACCAACGUCGCCAGCGAGAAGACGCUCCUUCUCUCCGCUAUGGCCUGCACUGAAGAAUCUUGGAUCCUCUCUAGGUACCUUGAAAUGGCCAUUAACACCACCAGUGGCCUAAGACUGCAAGAUGUAAUGGUUGUAUUAGGAAACGUCGCUACCAAUGAUGUGGGACGCCCCUUGGUAUGGGACUACCUCACACUUAACUGGAACGAUAUCUAUGCAUUAGAGAAGAAGAAGAGAGGGGAAUUAAUGAAACAAAUUACGGGACCCUUCAAUACAAAACAGGAACUUGAAAAGGUCGAGUCCUUCGUAACGAGCGGCGUGUCCUUGGAGGGGAACCAGAGGAGCGUCCAGCAGGUCGAAGAGAAAGUCCGAAACAACAUCGCCUGGAUGGACGCCAACUAUGACGUCAUCGUCCAGUGGCUGGAGGAGAACGGCUACUCCUCGAAGCUCAGGGUCGCUUAGGGUCAUCUGCGUCCUCGCCUUUCCUUAGGUUUUGCUUGAAGGUCAUCGGGCAUGUCAGAUUUUCUUUUUGUUCACACACACACA